CCAACACAAUGAUUUCAACAACUUUAACAAGGCUACGGCCUAUGAUUACGUCUAGAAACCUACAUAUGAGAGGGGUUGCUAGACGAACAUAUGCGAAUAAGCCACCAAGCCCAGUGUCCCAAUUCUAUCGUACAUUCACACGACCUAUCGCAAAGACACUUCUCAUUGCUGUCUUUACGUACCAGUUGGCUUACUGGACUUGGGUGAAACUUGAGACAGAUGAGAUCCGUGCGGAGCGAGAAGCAACGAUUGAGAAGCUUGAGACAACUAUCAAGGAUUAUGAUGCUGCGACAAAGGCAAAUAAGGCUUAAAGCGUAUAAAUGAGAUUACGGGGGUUCAAAGCAACCCAUUGUCUUUAGUUGUUCUGUGUAGGAUACUGAUACCAAAUCGCUCAUGUUAUUCAAAACAACCUUACUUGUAUAAAUGUAUGA